UCCUUGGAAAAGAAGAUAUAGCUUUUGGAGAGAAGAACGACAAGACAGGGACAGGUCUCCUGGCGGUGUUGUAGUUUGUUCAAUUACCUAACAAACAACAAACACAAACCAAACCCAAACCUUGAGAUUUUUCACUCUCUCUUCUCUUACUCUAUUCAUUUCUUGGCACAGCCCACUUUCAUUCAUAUCUCUCUUUGAGAACCUGGUUAUUUCUCACAACUUUAACUUUAGUACUUACUUGCCCAAUUAACUAUUUCAUCAUCAUAUGUUAAAAAGCUCUCAACUUUAAAGCUAACCAAAAAGAAAAGCUCUCUGGGUAAGAAUAAAGCAGCAGCUAAACUGAUCUUCGGUAUUGGGUUGCAAUUGGAAUGCCGAACCUCUCCCAGGUUCAUCAGUGAAUGAUUGGCAUCUUCCUCGUGAUCUUUGUUUUUGUUCCAGCAGGACACUCAUGUCAUACAGGUGGUUCAUAAUUUGGUUGCUAGGCAUUUAGUUUAACACUGUUCUUCUAAUUCUGCCACAACAUAAAAAAAAAAUGGCAGCUCUGGUCAUUGCUGCAACAAGUGAGAAACUGGCUGAAACUGAUUGGAUAAAAAAUAUUGAAAUCUGUGAAUUAGUCGCUCAUGAUAAAAGGCAGGCUAGAGAUGUCAUCAAAACUAUAAAAAAGAGGUUGGGUUACAAGAACCCUAAUAUUCAACUUUAUGCAGUCUUGUUGCUGGAAAUGUUGAUGAACAAUAUUGGAGAACAUGUUCACCAGCAGGUGAUUGAUACAGGAAUCAUCCCCAUUCUUGUAAAAAUUGUGAAGAAAAAAUCAGAUUUGCCUGUAAGGGAGCGGAUAUUUCUGCUACUAGAUGCCACACAAACAUCCCUUGGUGGGGCUUCUGGAAAGUUUCCACAGUAUUAUAAUGCAUAUUAUGAUUUGGUGAGUGCUGGGGUGCAGUUUCCUCAAAGGGAUCAAGUGACCCCAUCAAAUCGUCCUCAUUCUCAACUUAAUGGGAUUAACAAUGUACCGAACACAGAUCAGGCCCCCACUAGACAUCAGCAAGCAGAGUCCCAAACGGUUGCUGAAUCUAGCAUUAUACAAAAGGCUAGCAAUGCGUUAGAAGUUUUAAAAGAAGUCCUUGAUGCCAUUAAUGCCCAGCAUCCUCAGGCAGCAAAAGAUGAAUUCACUCUUGAUCUUGUUGAGCAGUGUUCAUUUCAGAAGCAAAGGGUAAUGCAUCUUGUGAUGACUUCUCGAGAUGAGAGGACAGUUUCUCGAGCAAUUGAAUUAAACGAGCAACUCCAGAAAGUUCUUACAAGACAUGAUGCACUUCUUUCGGGCAGAGCCAUGACAAUAGCUAAUCACUUGGAGUGUGAAGAAGCAGAAGAGGAAGAAGAACCAGAACAGUUAUUCCGGAGAUUACGCAAAGGAAAGGCUUGCGCAAGGCCUGAAGAUGAAAAAAGGGAACCUGAGUUUCCUCACUUUGGUUUGCUUGAAGAGAGACUAAAUCGGCCGUUAAUAAGACCACUAUCUUUGGAGCCAUCUCGAGAAGCUAAUAAUUGUCCUGCACCUGCUGUGAUUCCUCCUCACAUGGCAAUUCCACCACCACCUUCAAAACACAUUGAGAGGGAGAGAUAUUUUCAGGAAAAUAAAAAGGAUGGUGCUACUUUGGCUGGCCACUUGAGAGGCCUUUCCUUGCAUAGUCACAAUGGCAGCAGCUCUCACAGUGGAAGCUUUGAUUUUAGUGAUUGAUCUUUUAACACAAAUACAUCUUUUUUAACCUUCUACGGUAUUGGAAUUGAAGUUAGUGAUUUCUGUUGUAGUCCUUUUUCGUGUGUUGGAGUGAGAGAUGGGGGGUUAUAGCUGCUUCAGUUUGUAGGAAUGCAUGUAAUUAAGGAGUUUCUGAGAUCACGUGCCACGAGACCAGAAGUUUUGUAAGUUCCAAGUCCUAGUGUGAUAAUGUUUUUUCUUUUCUAAUCUCUAGGAAACUAUAUAAUAUUUUCUUCUCUCAACUUACAAGCUCUUAAUAUAUUUUUCUUACACCAA